UGUUUUUCCUAUGGGGAUUUCUGAAAUAUUUCGUCUAACACAUUCUCUUCAGGUUAAAUUUAUCAGCUUUGUUUAAUGCAGAAAAGAGAAUAUUCCAAAUUUCUGAUUUUACUUUUUCACUGCCAUUCCCUCGUUACAUCGUCUAACAAAUUAAUUCGCGAAUAUCAUUUCUUAAUUGAAUAGAUACUUGGCGAUACGGUCGACCGGAUUGUAGUUCAAUAUGAACUAUAAACGUAUGCCAAAAACUGCCAUGACAGAAGUCUCGAUUAAGUCGAAUCUGGAUCAGUGAACAAUUGAAAAUACAGUACUAGUUAAAAAAUACUUCAAUAAAUUGAACCAAGCAAGAGAAACUAAGUUUUACGUGAUCAUUUUUGUUGGCUAUUAAUCUUUAAUAGAAAGAUCAAUUUUUCAUAAGUUUGCAGAGUUUUUAUUUCCACACCAAUCAAAUAUUUAACAUUCUUUGUGAUUGAUCGAUUGAAACCAAUACUGUUAAAGUCUUCUAUAACCUUAGUUACGAAAGAUAAAAUAAAAAAUCUUCCUCAGUUACGCAGUAAAUGUUUUUCGCUUGUGGUUCUAUUGUCAAGGAGGGUUGUUUUUCUGCCACGAAAACGAAAACGAUUUUGGACAGAAUUCCUCAUCUACACUCAGAAUACUUUUGUUAAUUAAUGGAGGGAUUAUAUGUGAUAUCUGAACAGCCCUCAGGUGACACCGAGCAUUGGCUCAAUGGAUUUCUACAAAUUCAAAGCGAGGAAGCACGAAAGCGACUUAUGGUAGAGCGGUCUCUUUGGGAAAAUACAACUGACGACGAAAAUUCGCGUGAUGAAAGUGAUCUGUCUGGGAUUUUUAACUUUAAUGACAUGGAAUCCAACCGACAAAUUGACGAAGAAGUUUUGUCCUUCAAAGAUUUAGAUUUGUGUGUUCCGACCGAACAGGAACGCGCAACAACUAACGAAAGCCUAUUGAUUCACGGAGAUGAACGACGAUUAAGUCACGACGCCAGCCGAAGCCAAGACGAUCAUGACACGACUCUCCGAUCUCGUGAGGAUUUGAGUUCCAGUCUACUGGCCAAUGGGGGAAAAACCACGACAUCCGAUGAAAUAUCGAUUAACGGCGAAGAGCAACGAGCUGGACACGACGAUAGUGAAAAGCGUUUGGCAGAACAAGUUACGAACGAGAGUGGUGAAGCUGUUUUGGAUUUUGAAACCGAGUUGGUGGAGGUAGCGAGUAUGGGAAUCAUUCAUUCCAAACAACAGCUCUUGAAGGCGAUAAACGAGUUCAACAAGAACGUGGUAGAGAAGGAACGUGUGCAUUUUAUGCAGGCAAUGAUGCAAAUAGAAGAAACAGUUAAUGAGGUCUUAGAGGAAGUGGAGCGGCUCGAUAACAGCUUCAAGUUACAAAGAAUGAGUCCUGAUAGUUACUAUGAGAUGAAGUCACGCAAUGAACUAGACAUACUUGUUGUGCUUGAGAACGUCUCUCCGAAAGAAUUUUCCAUUGAGGAUAUGAAAACACCAACCGGAUAUGCACGAAUACGUGUGACGUCAUCUGCCGUGACGUCAUCAUCAAAUGUGGCGUCAUCUUCAAGCAUGACGUCAGCAUUAAACAUGGCGCCAUCAGAGGAGGAGAUGCUAUGCUGGUGUACAGAGACGCAGUCGGGGGAAAUCCUCUUUUCACCGAAAAAGUUGUGUAAGAAAUUCGCUGCCUUAGUGUCCAGAGCGGCUGGUAGAAUUUUAAAACACGGUUCCAGUACACAGCGGAAGCGAGUGUCGUUUUCUGAUAGAGAGACCACGGUUCCCUUCAUAGUUAAUCUUAUUCCUACUGUAGCAUGUCCGCAGACCUGGCCUCUGUGCGCUUACUGGCUCAGAAACUACAGCAAAAAGUGGCCCGCGCCGCGUGUCAAAGAUGACGUCAUCCACGGAGGAAUGCACCUUGUCGCCUUGGCAACGAGCCAGGAGACUGACCCCUUGUGGCGAAUAAGCUUCUGCUCUGCUCGACGACGACUUCUUCAAUCUGAUUGUGAAGGGAAAAAGAAAUGUUUGCGUCUGUUGAAAGUCCUUCUUGACAAAGACUUGUCACGUCCUAAAGGCAUCAUACCACUGUACCUAGAAAACAUAGUACUGUGGGCAAGUAGAAAACACUGGCAGCAAGAGGAAUGGGCCGAAUGCAUGUUAGCGGACAGAUUUCUGGAGAUGUUAGCGGCGUUGCUCAAAUGUUUGGAGAACAACGACUGCUAUCAUUUUUUUGUACCUACCAUGAACCUUUUUAAUGAUUUGAAAUCCGACGUUGCCGAAGUCCUGGCUGCGAAAGUGAAAGAUAUCUUGCAUAAUCCUUUCAAAUACCUGAAAACUUGAGAAAGUCACCAGGUAAUUUUGAAAAUACCUCAAUUAUAGUUGAAAUACUAUUGUGGUAACAUUUAUGUGCCAGCGUUAUUUUCAUUCAUUCCUUCCUCUUGAGGUGUAUUAAGAGAAUGAACUGUUAACUUGAAGCAAUUUUAUAACGAACAUCGUAAAACCAAAACCUAAGUACUGUAUAGUAAUCAUAUUCAUGUCAGCCAAUCACAGCAAAGUAAAUUAAGCAGACCAAUCGGGGCGCAAAGCAAACUUGAUAUAACCAGUGGCAAGCGCGGAAAAAUACGUCCAAUCUAUUCACUACUGGAUGUAUGUUUGCACCUGAUUGGUGGAACACACGUUUGCUUUGAUUGGCUAGUCAGAACACGCUGCACGUCUUGGCCAGUUACAGUGCACGGGAAAUCAGAGCGAACCCGUACUUAACAUUUUCGAAAAUUGCUUUUUGCACGCUUGUUUGAAACGAGAACUAUUCAGAAAAAUUGCCGAAAGGGGAAAGUUCUCUCGUGUUCUAGCAAAGUGAAUGGUUUUUUGUGCACUUUUGAUAAACAACAUUAACCGAAACUGGUCACAAGAGAGGCUUCAAAUGACUGACAACACGCGAAUUAAUUGUGAAUCAAGUUUUAAUACAGUUCUAAAAAUAACCAUUCCCUUGAGCACAAGUUGCAAUUACAAAUUAUAUUUACUACAUCAAAAUACACAUUUUUCCAAAAUAUAGUUACAUGUAAUUAGUUUACUAAAAACGCAUCGCAGCAAUUACAAAACAAGCCUGUUUACACCUGAUGCCAAUGCUCGAAUGCGUUUUGGAAAAUAAAAUUGCCGUGUAAACCGAACUAUAGACGAGGAUUUAGAUCAAUAUUUACGAGUUCCUCGCUCGCAUCAGGUUUAAGCUCGUUUUCCAGCCGCUUUGGGUGACUGGUUGUCAUAUAUUCUUCUUACAAAACCGCAUCACGGCUGAAAAUCGAGCCCACAUCAAGCCAUGUGAUCACAUGUUUUCUGUUUCACUAACAAAUUUUUGGGCGCGAUAUGAGUGACAUGACGUCACAACCGUGUUGAGUUUGAUAUCUAAUCAGCAAAAGCGUUGUAUAACCAUAAUUAAAACAGUAGCUAGUUUCCAUAAUUUAUCAUAUAAAGUAUUCAAAACGCGCGGG